UUGAGCCAAGGAGGAAAGGCGCCCCCCAGAAACCUAAAAAGGUCUCUUUAGUCUUUCACUGAGGGGCUUUGCUUUCUGUCAAACAAUCUCUGAACUUCAAAAGUCAAUAAAUAACCACAUACUAUGUGUGGCAUACCUACUGGAAAGUAUUGCAUGGACUAAGAACCAGUUUAAUAUGAGGAUGAUAAUUACUAGUGAGGAACAAUAUUAGAAUGCCAUCAAAAAAUGCUCAUUUAAAAAUAACGGCCAAUAAUAAAUACCCUCAAAGAGUCACAAAAUAUUCUGUUUCUGGAGGAAGGUUGCCCAACUUGAAUGAGAGCAGAAUUUGUAGGUAAAUGCUAUAUAUAGUCACUGGUGCAUCCAUACAUGGGGUGGAAGGCUGAACGGCAUGCCUCCGGUGAGAGUCUAAUAUUUUUGUUACCAUCAGCAAGUGCUUCCCAAGCGACGUCCGCCUGCUCCGCCACGGCUUUGCGCUCUUUUAAUCUCUUGGGGAAAUCAAGUUGUAAGUCAGCGACUCAGGUGCAGGCCCAGGCCACAGAGGCGAUGGCAGAACCAGCCUAUACCAUCCCAGUGUUCCGGCAAAGGACCACCGAAGCAACUGAAGAGACUGAGGAGUACCAGAGAGUGAGCACAAAGGUGGAAAAAGGAUUGGCUGCCAUUCAAGAAGAGCUCCAAAGGAUGAAGAUUGCCACUAAGGCUCAAGUUGAUAGUCUGGCUAUACAGAAAGAGGUUAAAGAGAAGAUGUACAAGAAAGUGGAUUUGGAUGAAAUCCCCAGAUUGCCUGACUUCAUGGUUGCCCUGCGACCCCACACAGUGUGGGAGAAGACCCCUGUGAAACUGUUCUGCACCGUGCUGGGGAACCCCAGGCCCAUUGUUAAAUGGUACAAAGGAGGAGUGCCAGUAGACCCGCUGAGCGCGCCAGGAAAGUACAAGAUUGAAAACAAGUAUGGAGUCCACAGUUUAAUCAUUAGCAGGUGUGUGGUGAGCGACACUGCAGAGUACAGCGCCGUAGCCAGCAACGCGUACGGCACAGCAACAAGCACGGCCACCGUGACUGUCAGGAGAGCAGCUGGAGGCGGCUGGUCCAGCCAGAUCGGACUAGUGCCCCACCUGACCGAUAUCCAUCCCACUAAACUGGAGGUCACCCUGGUGGAUUGUUUUCCUGUAACCUUUGGUGUGGAGGGCGAGUCCGCCAGUCUGCUGUGUUCCAUGGUGGUGGUCCCCGACCUCCCCAACAUACCCCCUGUGGUGCAGUGGUACAGAGACGAUAAACCUCUGAAGCCCAGUCAUCUGGCUGAGAUGUCGGCGGGUGGGGGCGUGGCUCGUCUCGUCCUGCCUCACUUGGCUAAGGAUGACGAGGGUCUCUACACGCUCCGCAUCUACAGCAAGGACGGGACCGCCGAGCACUGCGCGUACCUCUUUGUCUCAGAUGCCACCACUCCUGUAGCCGGGGCUCCUGGUGCCCCGAUGAGUGUCAAGGCAUAUGACAUCAACUCUGAUUAUGUUCUGGUUGUCUGGAAACCCCCCAACACUGUCAAUGAGGCUGCAAUCACCGGAUACUUUGUGGACAGGUGUGAGGCCGGUAGCGACACCUGGGUCCAGUGCAACGAUGCCCCUGUCAAAGUCUGCAAAUACCCGGUGCACGGCCUGAUGGUUGGCCACUGCUACUAUUUCCGCGUCAGAGCCGUGAACAGCGCCGGCAUCAGCAGGCCGUCUCGCAAGUCAGAGAAAGUGACUGCCCUGGACCCCGCCGAGAAUGAGAGGCUGCAAGUGAUUAAAAGGGAAGGGAAGUACGACAUUGUGAUCAGGAAUGAUGACCUAGAAGGCUAUGUAACUAUUCCGGGGGAGCCCACCGACGUUCACGCGUCCGAGAUUUUCAAAUCGUAUGUCGUGCUCAGCUGGAAGCCUCCCAGCCCCCGCGGACGACAUCCCCUGUGGUACGUCAUCGAGAAGUGCUUAGCAGGCACUGGAGUGUGGCAGCGGAUCAACACAGCAGUCAAACUGCACUCUCCUCGUUACCCAGUUUUUGAUUUGCAAGAUGGCCAAAAGUACCAGUUCCGAGUCUGUUCGGUCAACAUGUACGGCUCCAGCGAGGCCUCCGCGCCUUCUGAGCCCAUCCAAAAGGUUGACCUGGAUGGUGUCCCGUCUGCUCCUGGCCAGGUCGUGGCCACCCGGAACACCAAGUCGUCUGUAUUUGUCCAAUGGGAGGCGCCCAAACACACGCAGGGCCUGAUGGGAUACUACAUUGACGGCCGCAUUGUCGGGACCAAGGAGUGGUUCCCAUGUAACCACAAACCCUUCAAACACAACAGGUUUGUUGUGCAUGGCCUGACGCCUGGUGAGAGCUACGUGUUUCGAGUCCAAGCCGUUAACGUCUUCGGCCUCAGCGAUGAAUCUCAGGAAUCGUCUCCCAUUGAAGUGGAGUCAGCCCUCGGUGGGGGGGUUCAGUGUGCCACGCCCAGUGCCCCCUAUGGCAUCUGCAUGCUGAGCUGUGACGGCUCCUCCAUGACCGUGGCCUGGAAGAGCCCCAAACGCUGCGGCGGCUCCAAAAUCAACGCCUACUACGUGGACAAGCGCAACGCCGACACACUGGUCUGGCAGGAGGUCAACCUGAGUGCCAUCAUGGAUAGAGUCUGCACUGUGGACAACCUGACUGAUGGAACCUUCUAUGAGUUUAAGGUUCAGGCUGCCAAUAUAGCAGGCGUGGGCGUGCCCUCGGCUCCCAGCCUCCCAAUGAAAUGUGAAGCUUGGAACAUGGAGCAGCCAGGUCCAGCUUACGACCUGACCUUCAGUGAGGUCAGGAGUCACUCCCUGGUCCUCGUAUGGAAAGCUCCGGUCUACACGGGAGCGAGCGCUACCUCCGGCUACUUUGUGGACAUGGCCAAGAAGGGUUCCUCUGAAUUUGUCACUCUGAAUCAGGACGCCAUCACUCAUCGCUACUUGCAGGUGACUGAUCUGGAGGAGGGUGAGUCAUACGUGUUCAGAGUCCGUGCUGUCAACGCACACGGUAUUGGUAAGCCUUCCAUGGUGACAGAGGCUGUCUGCGCCAGACCUCCUCCAGGCACCAAGGAGAUUGUGGCCGGCGUAGACGAGGAGACGGGUGACAUCUUCCUGUCUCUCGAAGCCUCCGAUAUCAGCGCCACCUCUGAAUUUGUGUGGUCCAAGAACUAUAAGCCCAUUGGUGAAUGUCCUCGUAUCGCUAUCACGACAAAGGGCCGCACCUCCAAACUGAGUUUCAUCAACCCUGAUAAAGACGACUUGGGCCGUUACUCUGUGGUCGUCACUGACACCGACGGAGUGUCUGCCAGUCACACUCUCACUGAGGACGCAUUGAACACCAUGCUGGAGCUCAGCCACGCCAUCAGGAACCCCAUUGUUCCUCUGAAGCAUGGACUCAACUACGAGGUCUUGGAGAAAGGUCACGUGCGUUUCUGGGUGCAGGCCGUGAAGAUUUCGCCCUCGCUGUCUUAUAGAUUUGUUGUCAACGACAAGGAAGUGACCAGUGGCGAGGGCCACAAGAUGAGUCAUGAUGUAGCCACAGGCAUCAUCCAGAUGACUGUGGAUAAUUUCACCAGAGCCAGCGAGGGCACGUACACAGUCCAGAUCCACGACGGCAAGGCCAAAGCACAGAGCUCCCUGGUCCUGGUCGGAGAUGUCUUCCUCGCUGCCCUGAAGGAGGCAGAGUUUCAGAGGAGAGAGUACAUCAGGAAGCAAGGUGCACAUUUCUCUGAGUAUCUGACCUUCAAUGUCACUGAGGACUGUACCGUGAUGCUGGCCUGCAAGCUAGCCAACAUGAAGAAGGAGACCACCUUCCACUGGUACAAAGAGGACGAUGAGAUUGUUCCAGAAAUUCCCCCCAAUGUCAUGUCGGGAGCCUGCGCUCUUCCCAUCCCGUUGUUCUCCAGAAAGGAUCAGGGCGUCUACAAGGCUGUGAUCGGCGACGAGCGUGGAAAGGACACCUCCACGUUUGACAUUUCAGGGCAAGUCUUUGAUGACAUCAUCAACGCCAUCGCCAAAAUUGCUGGUGAGUCAGCCUCAGACCUGGUGAUCCAGUGCACUCCAGAGGGCAUCCGUCUGCAAUGCUACAUGAACUACUACACGGAGGAGAUGAAGACCGUGUGGAAACACAGGGAGAGCAAGAUUGCCUCCUCUGAGAAGAUGAGGAUCGGUGGCACGGCCGAGAUGGCCUGGAUGCAAAUCUGCGACCCCUCGGACAAGGAGAAGGGUCUCUACACCAUUGAGAUCUGUGACGGCGUGAAGACACACUCCAGAACCUUUGACCUCUCUGGACAAGCCUACACCGACGCCUACGAGGAGUACCUAAGACUGAAGGCAGCUGCCUUUGCAGAGAAAAACCGCGGCAGAGUGAUGGGUGGUCUGCCUGAUGUGGUCACCAUCAUGGAGGAGAAGUCCCUGAGCCUGACCUGCACCGUGUGGGGCGAGCCGACUCCCGAGGUCACCUGGUUCAAGAAUGAACAGGAAGUGGCCUCCAACGAGCACACCAAGAUCACGUUUGACGGUGGUAAGUUUGCCAGCCUGGUCAUAAACCAAGUGACGCCCGAAGACUCCGGCAAGUACAGCAUCAACGUGCGCAACAAGUAUGGCGGAGAGUUUGUCGAGAUCACCGUCAGCGUUUACAGGCACGGCGAGCAGAUCCCCGAGGCCAAACUGGGGCAGCCCAAAAUGGCCACGCCCUCUGUCACACCUGGGCUUCCCAAGUCCCCCGCCCCCUCUCCCAAGACGCCCACCCCUUCUAAGGCCCAGACCCCAGCGUUGUCCAUGAAAAGCCCAACCCCCGCCUCGACCGCAAAAUCUCCAACCCCGGCCCUGAAAUCUCCAACCCCCGCCCCAAAAUCUCCGACCCCAGCCCCUAAAUCUCCAACCCCAGCUCUGAAGUCUCCAACCCCGGUUCCAAAAUCUCCAACCCCGGCUCCAAAAUCUCCAACCCCUACCCCAAAAUCUCCAGGCUUCAAGUCUCCAACCCCUUUGGCUAAGUCCCCAACUCCAUCCCCCAAGUCGCCAACACCCACUCCAGCCCCAAAGUCCCCGACCCCCACACCGGCUCGCAGCAUCAAGUCGCCCACCCCACCCAGAUUCAUGAAGUCUCCAACCCCACCCAGGAAGUAAGCGACGGCGAGUGAGCGAGUUUUAGCAUGAGUGCGAAAGUUGCCGUUGAAAGUUGUUGCUGUGAAAGUUAAAAACGUAAAAACUGAACUUUUACGGUGGCUGCUAGCAAAACGCAGAUGUUUCCGAGAUGUUUCCGUGACGUUAUUAAAAGCUGCACCUUUCACUACGUUGUGUUAGUGGAAUGCCUUAAAUCAUUGUGGGGGGGGGGGUAACUAAAUGUGGCUGUUAGAAAACUCAAUUUGUCUCAUUUUUGUUUUAUCAUCCCAAGUAGUCAGCUGACAUGAAAUGAGCAUGAAUGCUUAAGAGAAUGUUUGACACAUUAGCGUAGCAAACACCAGAUUAUUUUCCUCUUUUACCUCUGGGAUGGUUUUGUCUUUUGGGGGGGAUGUGUGAACACAAAUAUUGACUUCUUGCUUUUCCCCUCAAUAAAUG